GAGUCUGCGCAGUGAAGACCAGUGAAGACUGGUGCCAUAAGGAACAACCAACCAACCAUUUCUCAUAAAAGUGUUUGUAGUUUUCAGUUAGAAACGCUCAUCAUUGAAUUCCGAGUAAUCAGAGAAUCAAUUGUCUGUGGGAUGAAUAAGCAGAGAAAGUGAAGCAAACAGACGUUCCUUCCCCCCAAAUUUGUGUAUAUUAUAAAAGAUGCCUUGGUUUUUUGGUAGAAGAAAGCAAAAGGAUUCUCCUCCAGAGUCUGGUGAGGAGGAACCAUCUUCUGAACAAGGUGAUGACUUCAUUUUCAUUGAAAAGAAGGGAAAUCCGAUGAACUCUAAUACUGACAACGAUGAAUCAAGUGGACGGCUUUAUCCAGCAUUGGGUGGUGCGGUAUCUUAUCCACCUCCCUUACCAUCAAACUUAUUUCAACAACAUCAAACUGAAGGAGUUAAUUACUUCAGUAAUGUUCCUUUUAAACUGUGCAAAGAAUUACAAAGUAGCAUGAAUAAUGAUGCUGCCAUAGAUAAAUUGCGAGUUAGUGAAAUCUCUUCAUUUAUAGAAAGAAUUGGGAAUGAGGAUUACUCUUAUGACUUUUUUCUUGAAAAGAGUGUAAUUAAUGAGAUGAACAGUGUAAGUGAAUGAGAUAUAAUUUGACUUGAGUUCAUUUUAGAUUUUAGAGUUAAAUGAUAUAAUUAUAUUUUAAUAACAUCUCAAAAUAAGCUUUUUGGAAAAACUCGUUAAACAAAUGCCACGGUUUUGCCUUAGCCUUGAUUAAAUUGGCAUAAUUAGGUUUUUAACUGUUAGUCAAAUGUACUUUAUGCCUUAUAGCAAUUGCUUAAUGAAUGUGAUUGCUGUAGUAUUUUUAAUUAGCAAUCAAAUAAGUUGUAAUUAUCAAUGAAUUGAAUUUACCUGUUAAAAGUGUAAAACUUGAUGUAGCAAUCAACUGUUAUUUUAGUUAAGCAUUAUUUUACGCUAUGAUCUUAUUCUUAAAUUAAAUCUUUAUAUUAUAGGACUACCUAUUGAAAGAACUUAGAAAUAAUAUUGAUUUUUGAAGUAUUUGAAAAUUAAGAAUCAACAUUAUUUAUGGACAUCCUGGAUAUAUGCUUGCGCGCAUAAAGGAUUUCAUGUGUACUUGAUUUUUGUUUCGUAUUUUCACAAAACUCAAACAUAAAAUUAAUACAUUAGUACUUUGAAUGAAGUGAAUAUCUUUAAUUAAAAAGAACCAGUAAUAUAGUAUGAUUGUUAAAUGCAACUUCUGAAGAGGUGUAUCAUUGCCAUGAUUUAUUGCCAUACUUUUUGAAGAAAAAAUGCAUAAUAUAAUUAGCUUACAGUUAUUACGAAGUAUCAUGUCACGAAUAUCAAUUAUUUUUAAAUAGCUUAAACCUAGUAAGUAUACACUUACAAUGUAGUACUUAACAUUUCAUCUACCGACGAAUUCCGAAGUAAAUGACGAUUACGGGUAUCAUAAAAACGAUUAAUAGAUUUCUGGUAGAUAAAGUGUUAAGUUCAUAGUAAAAAAAAUGUGAAAAGUGUAGUUUGAUUAGAAAUUAAACUAAUAGGUUUAUAAAACUCUAUGAAAAAAUUUAAUUGAACCGUGAUAUUGAUUGUAACGAAUUGUUAGAGUAUAUAGGACAAGUUGUUUGUAUGUGUAGCUAUAUAAAAUUCGUACAAACAUAAAGCAAUGCUCAUUUAUGUUGAACUGCUACGUUUAAAAUAUUAGAUAUACUUAGAACAAAUAACCCACGAUUAUAAAAAGAAUUGAAUCCAAAUAGGAGCACAAUGAAUAGCUUGUAAUAAAAAUCGAAUUAUUAAAAUGUAUAAACCUAAUGAUAAAAGAAAUAAAAUAUGGUCAUAAUAGCAAAGCUUUAUUGAGCACAAUCAAUGCUAUGCUCUGAACCUGUGAGAACAGAUUUACAUGCACAAGUUAAUACUAUAUCUUCAUUUACAUUUCUUUGUACAUUAAGUUUUAAAUAAGAAACAACUGUCAAAUAUUGUGUAAAACUUUAAACAGAAUAUAGGCGAAAUCAAAAA